AUGUUCUUUCUUUUCUUGUUCAUUUACUCUUUUGCCUCUGCAGCCGAUUAUAAGAACUGUGAUCAGGAUUGCAGAUUUCAAUGCUUAAAGAUCGUUCACGAUAUCGGAGACAACGAGUUAAAUGGCGGUCAUAGCGACGAAGCUAUUGAAAAAACCAGUAAACUUUGCUCCGAAUUUCGAAAAUGUGCGGAAGGAAUGAAAUUUAAAGCUCCAGAUUUAAUCAUUGAAUACAUCGAUAAACUUCUUAUACUUUGUGACGUCAAUGAUUUCCGUAAAAGCGCCGGCUUCAAAUCAUUUAGAGCUAAAAUUGAAGCUAACCGAUCCCCGUGUAUUCGAGAGUGGAACCCGUUCCAGAUAAGGUAG